GGCUAUUUAAAGACUGAGCUCUUGUCAUACCGGUAGACACAUACAGUCGAACAGACAUUCAGCCUCCGAAACUCCUGUUUUAACAAUAUCAGCAAAAUACGCUGAAAAGUGUCAAACGCGAAUCAUGAAGCAGCAGCCAAGAAUGUCCACUCUUAAAAAGGGCGAAAACCAGAAACUGACAACCAAGGACCAAAAGGCGAUCGUGGAAUGUGCGCACCAGCUGCGUAAAAUUGGAGACGUCUUCAAUUUCAAGUACAAACUACUGGACAUGCUGGCCAAAAAGGAAAACAAGGGUUGUACGAUAAAGUGAAAAGGAAAACGCCUUGUUUCACGCGAGAAAAUCUGCGAUCGCGGGCCGUAUACCUCCAAGGAAGCGCGGGGAAUGGACACGGGAAUGGACGAUACUCUGCGAAGACCCGCCGGGCGAAGGACCGAUUCAUGUCACUAUGGAAAUGGAAGACGAACGAUUUCCCUGAGUUGGGUUACUUCAGAUGACGCCCGGAAAGGAAGUUAAAUUGGCCGCAAUCUUCGUGUUCUGAACUGUAGAGGAACCACCUUCUCAUGUACUGCGUGAUGAAUUACAUGUUUGUUUCUGGCUAACGUGAGGAGGAAACAGGUCAGGGAAUUCCACGGGAGAAAGAAAUUGUCGAUGUAUAGAUUAGCCUACUUGUGGUGGUGUAAUCAUAGCAACUGUGUGAGAAAUGUGUGUGUUUUGUUACAAAAUUAUAAUGCUUCUCCAGACAAAUGUCUGCAUUAAGGUAGUUGCUAUGUUCAUACUUUUUCAUAUCAAAAUGGCAUUUUUGUGCUUGUACUUGGUGAAAUAUAUUAUACCUAGCUAUCAUGAAAUAAAAUGAUUCUCAAAAAUUUGCUUUAUGACCAUUUUCAUUAUGCAUUUGGGAAUUUUAAAAAAAAGAAUUAGUCACUAGUACAGCAGACAAAUUAAAUUCUCGAUGUUAGUAGACAGAACUUUCAUGUUAAAACACAGUUAUGAUUGAAAGCACCCAUGCUUUAAUGAAAAAGCAAAGCGGGGG